AGUGCGACGUGCGACAACGUGCCCCGGUGCCCCGUGCGACACUGCGACGGUCGCGCAAUGCGCACACAAACAUAAUAAACAUACACACGUAAUUACAAACACAUGAUAGAGAAAGAAAGAGAGAGAGAGCGAGAGCAGAAGUUAAAUAAAGUACAGGUUUUUGAUUAUUGAUGUCAAGUUCAGCUCUGAAACCAAAAAAUUACGUUGUCAGACGCUGCUGAAUCUCUAAAGCUGUUGCUGGAUUGGGUGAUCCAGUCUGGCUGGACCACAGAAGUUUUUAUAUAAAAAAAUAGUGGAAGAGCCGCUGGUACGGAGCUUUUGAAUCUCGUGCGGACUACGUGCUUACUAGUCCCAUCGAGAAAAUAACUUUUUCGAUCGAAGCUUAAUUCUGACACCUCGUUCAUGGCAGAAGAAAAUGUGUACGGCUACACAUCGGCUCUUGGCGACGACUCCAACGACAGAGAAGGAGCUACAAGCAGGUUGAGGUUACGAGUUCAGGCAGGACAUAAUUUAGCUAGAAAAGACAUUUUUGGAGCAAGUGACCCUUACGUUCGGAUAGAGUUAAACUCCAUUCAUGACAAUGAGACUGUGGACUCGGUACUUACAAAGACAAAGAAAAAAACUCUCAAUCCUAAAUGGAAUGAGGAAUUCAUAUUUAAAGUCAAACCAUUGGAGCACAAAUUAGUGCUACAAGUAUUUGAUGAAAACAGAUUAACAAGAGAUGAUUUUCUUGGGUUGGUUGAGUUAACACUUAAUAAUUUGCCAAAAGAACAAGAAGGGCGCACUAUUCCAAAUAAACAAUACAUACUUCGCCCUCGAAAUACGAAUCAAAGAUCGAAAAUAAAAGGUACGUUGGAAAUAUACCAUGCCUACAUAUCGGACUCAAUGAGUGCAACAGACAAUGGUGACGGAGAUUUACCAUCUGAUUUAGGUGGAUGGGAACUAUUAGACCGACCAACAUUAAUUUCUAAUCUUUCUCCAGAAGAACAACCUGCAGAGGUAACAACACUUGUUCCAUUACCACCUGGUUGGGAAGAAAGACAAGAUGCGAACGGAAGAACCUAUUACGUUAAUCAUAUUGCUCGUUUUACGCAAUGGGAACGACCCACUGUUUCAAACAACACACCUAGUGGAGAGACUCAAGAGCAGCGAAACUUAAAUACAGCCACAACAGAAUUUCAAAGACGAUUCCACAUUAGUGCUGAUGAUUCCGAAAGUCAACAAAGGUCUUCUGGUAUCAGUAUCACACCCGUAAGAUAA